AUGGAGUUCGAACUAGAAAUAGUGGCCGACCUCGAGACCGCCGCCGACUACGUGCGUGGCGUGCUGUGGUCAAUUCUGUUCCACCGGCUGUUUGGCUGUGUCAGCGCCUCGCAAAGCAGUUUCUACGGCGUGGCCUACCCCCUGGCCAAUAAUCCCGAGCUUGAGGAGCUGGUCGAUGCCAAGGCACAGGCGCUGGCGGACGCCUUUUCGCACGAGGCGUCCCGCUCGACGGCCGACCUCAACGACAACAUGGUGCUGAAAGGCGUCAUGGUUCUCAAGUUCUACGACCGCGAGGUGGAGCACCCCAACAGCAGUGUACCGAGCACACGGCCGCAGUCGCAGUCGUCGUCGGCGUCGGUGUCUCCAAACAUGGCCAAAUACGCGAACUGCUGGGAGAAAUGGGUUCUCAAGAUCAGUAUCCUGAUCAAUAAGAAUCAGAUGCUUGACGUCAACGGGGCCAGCAAACUCGAUCUGCACAAGCAGGAUUUCGAAAACAACCUGUUUGCCAUUUUGGAGCACGUCGACACGAACAAAUCGCACAUACCUCCGAUUGCCAGCGUUGACGUGGCCCCGUUUCCCUUCAAGGUACUGUUUGCUCUAAAUACACACGAGGCGCACACUUUGAACAGGGCGUUCCGCAAUUUCGAGGUCUCCGACACCGAGUCCGACGAGUUCAUUGACUACAGCAUGGAAUCGUUGCCGGAUACGUUUGAACGGAACAAAAACGCAUACACGGGACAGGAGAUGCUCAAGACGGGCUAUAAAUUCAUCAAAAAGCUACUGGAGUAA